UAUUACCAACUAGAUUCAAACAUUUCAAAAUUUAAUAAAAGAAAAAGUAAUUAUUUAGGUAGGAGUCAUCAUAAAUAAAUGAAUUUCCUUGUUUCAAAGCUAUCAGGGCUGAGAGUUUUGUGUGGCGAAACUAUCAACAACUGCUUACCCAUACAUAAGUUAUUUUAGCAGGAUACUGAAUAGAAUUUAGAUGAAGAUGGGCAAUAAAGACAAGCAUAAGAUGAGGGUUUUCAAUAGUCAUCAAUUGAAAGAUAAAAUAACAAAUAGGAUGUUAAAGUGGAAGAGGAUGAGGAAGAAGAGAGUAAGCACUUCAAUGAAUCUACUAAAAAUUCAUAUACAAAUUCAAAAAGCGAAUAUGAAAUGUAACACAAUAAUUUUGUUGAUAAAGACGAAUACGAUGUUCCAUUUGAUGCUGUGAAUAAUAUGUCAAAUUAAAAUUAAAAUAUAUUUGAAGCUCCUGUAAAUGUAGUUAAUACCCAACCAAAGGCAUCAAAAAAACCAAUGUUAGGCAUGAUAGAUGAAGAUAAAAUAUAGAAAGUUGAAAAAAAUGAUCCUGUAGAUGAAGUUGAUUACUUUUCUUAGAUGAACAUGGGAACUGUAAGUGUUGAUAACAACACUAAAGCAGCUGCCAAAACUGUUAAAAAAGCCUCUAAAAAGAAAGUUUAAGAAGUCAAACCUGAUGACCUCUUCUAAGAUUAGUAAUAAGUAUAAAGCUAAUUUAAUAAAAUAAAUGACGAUAUAGCUGCUGAAGAAAUUGAAGGAGCUGCUUGGGGUGCUAAUGAUGAUGAUAUUGAUUUAUGA